CAGUGGAUGUGUGAGGAGGACUCCAUUGAGUUGCCUGCAGGAUCACAUUAAAUUUUUAAAGCUUGGAGGUGUGAAAUUGCCAGAUCUCCUUCAGUUUUCACUAAACAAGAGCAUGAGUCUAAAAGAAUGUCAGGCAGAAUGCUUGAAGAACUGCUCUUGCAUGGCUUACGCAAAUUCAGAUAUUCGUGAAGGUGGUAGUGGUUGUUUCAUGUGGUUCGGGGAUCUGAUCGAUAUUCAAGAGUUUUCUGAAAGAAAAGAACGAUACAUCUACAUGCGAAUGGCAGCAGCCGAACUUAAUCACAAUAAAAAGACGACACUGGUGCUGAUCUUGGUCAUAUCGUUAGUUUGCGGAAUGCUUAUCCUCGGCUUCUUGAUCUUUCGUCUCAUCAAGAAGAGAGAAUCGAAAAGAGCAUUUGAUAUCGAUGUGAAAGAUAUAGAGCUGCCAAUGUUUGAUCUGAGUACAGUUACUAAUGCAACUGAGAACUUCUCAUUAACAAAUAUGCUUGGAGAAGGAGGAUUUGGAAUUGUGUACAAGGGAAAAUUACCAACAGGGCAAGAAAUUGCAGUGAAGAGACUCUCAACGAAUUCUGGACAAGGUCUUCAAGAGUUUAGGAGUGAAGUAAUUCUGAUUUCCAAACUUCAACACCGGAAUCUUGUCUGGCUUUUGGGAUGUUGCCUUGAAGGAGAUGAAAGGAUGCUAAUUUACGAAUAUAUGCCCAACAAAAGCUUGGACAAUUUCAUAUUUGGUUAAUCUGCCUCUAUUGAUCUCCUAUUCGAUGAAUAUGAUGUAUAUUUUCCAACCACUAAGUUGUCCAUAUAUUAUGAAAUUGUUGCAGAUCAGCAUAGAAAAACAUUGAUUACAUGGAAAAAGCACUUUGAGAUUGUUAUGGGCAUAGCGAGAGGACUUCUUUACCUUCAUCAGGACUCUCGAUUGAGAAUUAUUCACAGAGAUCUUAAGAGUAGCAACAUUUUACUAGAUAGUGACUUGAAUCCCAAGAUUUCUGAUUUCGGCCUCGCAAGAACUUUUGGUGGAGAUCAAACUGAAAGCAAAACAAAGCGAGUAAUUGGUACUCAUGGCUAUAUGUCGCCAAAAUACAUUGUUGACGGGAAAUUCUCGGUGAAAUCUGACGUCUUCAGUUUUGGAGUGCUUUUACUAGAGAUAGUGAGUGGUAGGAAGAAUUGGAGAUUUCACCAUUCCGACCAUCAUCAUAAUCUUGUAGGCCACGCAUGGUUAUUGUGGAAAGAAGGCAGGGCAUUGAAAGUAGCAAAUGGCAUUGCUGAGCUAUUGUUGGUUGAAUCUGAAGUGCUUAGAUGUAUCCAAGUAGGCUUACUGUGUGUUCAAAAACUACCACAAGACAGGCCAACAAUGGCAUCAGUAGUUGUCAUGUUGAGCAACGAGAGUGUGACGUUACCACAACCUAAAGAGCCUGGUUUAUUUGUGGAAAGAAGUUGUGAUGAAACAGACACAUUACCACGCGAGGAAACAUACCUCACUCAAAAUGACGUGGCAAUAUCCGUGCCGGAACCAAGAUAAACGAUUUAUGUACACGUUGCCUUGUAAAUCAGGUGUUGCCAAUGAUCUCAUCUUCUUGUUCACCGUUAAAACUAUUUGAAAAUCCAGGCAUGCAACAUUUGAAAAUAUGCCAUGUCAGCGCUAUUAAAUUGUGUUUUCAGCACUAGAUAAUGAUUACACCCGUGGUUUAAACAA